CGCCGAGAUCAGUCGUCGGGUGGUUGGUGGUGGAGGCGCCGUGGGAGGGGGGAAAAAAAAGAAAAGAAAAACGGGAGCUUUAAGAAAAUAUUACAAAAAGGAGGCUUGUUCGUGAGUGAGAGGAGAACCGAAUUAAAAAAAAACCCGUCUGACAAUGGAGUCCUACGAUAUCAUCACGAACCAGCCCGUGGUUAUUGACAAUGGUUCAGGAGUUGUCAAAGCUGGAUUUGCUGGUGAUCAGAUCCCUAAAUACUGUUUUCCAAAUUAUGUGGGACGUCCAAAACACGUUCGAGUGAUGGCUGGAGCAUUGGAAGGUGAUUUGUUCAUUGGACCUAAGGCUGAGGAGCAUAGAGGUUUGCUCUCAAUCCGUUAUCCCAUGGAACAUGGCAUUGUGCAAGAUUGGAAUGAUAUGGAAAGAAUUUGGCAAUAUGUUUAUGGCAAGGACCAAUUGCAGACCUUCUCUGAGGAGCAUCCAGUGCUCCUCACGGAAGCACCUUUAAAUCCAAGCAAAAACAGAGAGAGGGCAGCUGAGGUGUUUUUUGAAUCCUUCAAUGUUCCUGCACUUUUCAUCUCGAUGCAAGCUGUUCUGAGUCUGUAUGCCACAGGUCGGACCACAGGCGUUGUGCUUGAUGCUGGGGAUGGUGUUACCCAUGCUGUCCCAAUCUAUGAGGGCUUUGCCAUGCCACAUUCCAUCAUGAGAGUGGAUGUUGCUGGCAGGGAUGUGUCCCGCUACCUGCGCCUGCUCCUCAGGAAAGAAGGAUAUGACUUUCAUACAACUGCAGAGUUUGAGGUUGUCAAGACAAUUAAAGAGCGGGCCUGUUACCUUUCCAUAAACCCACAGAAAGAUGAGACGCUGGAGACUGAGAAAGCACAGUACACUCUGCCUGAUGGGAGCACUUUAGAGGUGGGUCCUGCCCGAUUCCGAGCUCCCGAGUUGCUUUUCAAACCAGACCUGAUUGGAGACGAGAGUGAAGGGAUACAUGAAGUGCUGGCCUUUGCUAUUCAAAAGUCAGACAUGGACCUUCGCAGGACUUUAUUCUGCAAUAUUGUCCUCUCUGGAGGUUCUACCCUGUUCAAAGGUUUUGGUGAUCGGUUACUCAGUGAGGUUAAGAAACUGGCACCAAAAGACGUGAAAAUAAAGAUUUCUGCACCACAAGAGAGGCUGUACUCCACAUGGAUAGGUGGAUCUAUUCUCGCGUCCUUAGACACAUUUAAGAGAAUGUGGGUAUCAAAGAAAGAGUAUGAGGAGGAUGGAGCACGUGCAAUCCACCGGAAGACCUUUUAACAUUACUGGAACUGUGUGAAGUUGGCGUGCUGCUGUGUAAGCUUCGACUCCAGUCUGUACAACAUAACCAUGCAGAAUGAAUAAUGGACAAGUAAUGUGAGAAUUUUUGAUGUAUACAAAGAAAGGGUUUGGACACCACUUAACAAAACAAACUUGCUCUGUCCACCCUCUUCAGGAUUUGUGGAUAUUGAAUCAUACAUUUUAAUUUCAGUAGUUGGGGGAGAAUUUUAGGCCAAUGUCUGGCUCUGUUUUCAACCCUGCUAUUUGCAAAGGAUGUUAUCUGCACUUGUUCAAUGAAGGAAGUUAUGGAAUUUCAUGUGUGUUUAAACCCCCCCCACCCAGCACCCUCUCCAGCAACACACUCACAGGGGGCAUCCAUAGUUUACUGUUGGGAAGGUCUUUAAGAAGCUGGUCGAGGAGUGUAAGCAGGAAACGGAAAACUACCGAAACGAGAGUUCUGUGUCCUUGGGCAUUCUUGCCAAUAGUCAAACCUCUGCUAAAUGUUUGUGAUUCCUUUCUCUGCUGACUUAACAGCACUACAAAUGUUAAUUGCUAUGAGCAGGGAAUUGUUCACCCAUUAAACACAGGAAUGAGCACUUUACUUGCAGUGGUUGGGGAGGGAAGAAGAUGGCUGUCUGUGGCUAUUUGACGAUAGUCACUGAUUUACUGUCGCACUGAAUAAAAUUAUUGAAGGAUUAUUCAA